CUGCCUUCCUUCUCCACUGCACCCACAAGGCUGAGCAGCAAACACCUCCCAGAGCAAGUCCAUCAUCGCGAUACUUUUGUAUAAAGACCACCCAGCAACCACCAGUUCCCGACCCCGACGACGAGGCCCCAGAAGCACAGCAGCAACACACUCCCUCCUUCUCACAACCCCCGCCACAAUGGACAAUAUCCCCGACACCCCCAUCUCGACCGCAGAGACGAGCAUCGCCUCCGGCAUUAAGACCGUCUUCGUCAUGGCCGACUACGGUCACGACCCCACAGAGACCGCCGUCCCCUACACUGCCUUCAAGACCGCCGGCUACGACAUCUCCUUUGUCACAGAAUCCGGCAAGGCCCCCGAGUGCGACAAGAAGAUGCUCUCCGGCGUCACCCAGAAGCUCCUCGGCGCAAAGAAAGAAGUAGUCUCCCAAUACAAAACAAUGUCCCUCUCCCCCGAGUUCCAGCACCCGAAAUCCUGGUCCGACCCGUCCUUCUCCCUCGAGCCCUACGAUAUCGUCAUCUUCCCCGGCGGCCACGACAAGGCCGUCCGACAGGUCAUCGAUUCGCCCCGGGUGCAGCAGCUCGUGGCUGAGCACUUCCCGCGCACGCAGAAGCCCAGCAAGAAGAUUGUCGGCGCCGUCUGCCACGGCGUCAUGGUGCUCUCGAGCUCCAGGGACCCGGCAACUGGCCACAGCGUCAUCAGGAGCUGCGACACCACGGCACUGCCUUCAGGGUUUGAGCAGAGCGCGUACUGGGGCACGAGGGUGUUCUUGGGCGACUAUUACAAGACAUACGGGGCGGGGAGCGAGGACGUGCAGACAUCAGUCACCAAGGUCCUCGCAAGUCCCUCCCAGUUCAAAUCGACGCUCAACCCCGGGCCCUUCAUCGUCGAGGACGAGCACUACAACUACAUCUCGGCGCGGUAUCCCGGCGACGCACAGCUCUUCUCCGAAGAAAUCAUCAAGCUCGUCGAGAGUUUCAACAAGAUUGUCUGAGGGACACAGCUCGUUUACGUCCUUGUGCCUAUUCCUCAAAAAGACCGGCUUCUAUGUCCUCGCGCAACAAUGGCGCCAUUUCUUUUUUACUUGGUGAACUCUCCAGCACAGCGUAUCGAGGGGUCGUUAAUCAAUUGGGG